GGCAGCUUCAAUGCUGAAGUGAACGCAUAUGCUGAUUACAUCUCACCUACAAAAGCAGAACAUGCACUACGAGGGCUUAUCGUCCAAGAAAUUGAGCUUGCUGCAAAGAAACUUUGGCCAGAUGCAACUGCCACCGCUUUUGGGAGCUAUGCUACCUCACUAUAUCUGCCAACAGGAGACAUUGACAUUGUGAUUCAAACGGAUAUGGUGUCGACAGCAAACAAGAAUAAUGCUCAACGAA